UAUUUCCCUGUAAUACAAUGAAUCAGCCAUCAGAAAGAGUUAACUAAACCAAAAAUGUUUGUAGUCGUUAAAAUCGACAUCGAACAUCAAGCUGACGCAAUACAAAAUUGUGUGUUGUAAGCGUUACAGUUCCAAACACAUACACUACUUGCAAAAAGUCAGGGAUGUUGGGCUUUUGAAUUUUCACAAUGAACCACAAAAAUGCACCCUAACCUUUACAGGUCUCCGCAUUUCGACAAUUUUGUAAGUAGUCUACAUUUUUAUUUAUGUGUAAAGUGUAAAUCUUGAGAGGAAACGGGGCACCUCUAAUAAUGUGCCCGUGCUGCUACUGCUGCUUUUCUUCUUCUUUUCAGAUGCAAAAUCAUAGAAACAGCCAAAUAUAGUCCUUAGAAAAAACAUGCAUGCUUGUGACUUCCUGUUUUUUUUGGAGGGGAGGUUUUACCAUGUGCGGUGUCAAGAGGCAAGUGGGUGAGUGACUGUCUUCCUGCUCUCAAUAUAGACUCUAUUCAUCACUAUCACGUUUUCAUCAUCGUAGUGUGUGUGUGUGUGCGCGCGCGCGCGCGCGUGGGUUAUGCUUCCAUAAUACUGCGGUUGUUCUAUACGCGCGUCAACGGAAUCCCGUAAUGCGUCAUUUGCAGGGCUAUUCUCCGGAAGGCACGCUGUGAUUGGGCAGAGUCCGGACGUGGCUCCGCCCACCUCCCCCUGCCUUCUAUGGAAAGUGUCGGUGACGUCACGGAGUCUCCCCGAGGCCCCCACCCCACCCCACCAUGUGAUAAAACCUGUACGAGCGGGCGGGAAUUGUUCAGUUGGAAGAACGCGGACGAUGACAAAGUGUUGCUUUUGCCGGAGAGCACUCUGUUACGUCUUGUAGCCAUGACUUGCAUACACGGUUCCUUCAACAACAAUUUGGGUAACUUGGAGCCUCAGAGCUCGGACUUGUUCUCCAGGCUGCCGGUGGAUUUGGACACCCCGUGGGACCACCUGUGUGCCCAGUCCCUGCCAAGCAUCGGCUCAGUGGCGGGCACUCAGGCGGGCGACUGUGACGCCUACUCGUGCCAGUUCAAGCUGGAUGACCUCCAGGUUUACGGCUGCUACCCCAGCACCUUCAUGUUCACUUACCCGGAUGAGGCUUUCUCUCCUUGUGGCUCCAAGCAUUUCGCCAGCUCCGCAUCGCUCUCGACUCCUUCGACCCCCGGCUUCCAAAGUCAGCACGCUGCCGCCUGGAACUCUUACUCACCCAGUCCAGGAUACUGGGUGGCUGAGGACAUCUCUGUACCGCAUGAGCCAUCGUUCUUCACAUUUGGUUCAGGGACCGUGGAGGAUACGUCUCCUUUGGGACAACAUCACCACAGCGCUCUCGCUGACACGUCCUCGCUCGCCUUCCCCGCACUCGCCGUGGAGCCGGCGUGUGGCCCAGAUGGCGCUGACCACUUGGAGGGGAGGUUACCACUCAAACUAAAAAGCCAGCGGCGGAACGAGGGCUCUUGCGCCGUCUGCGGGGACAGCGCCUCCUGCCAACACUACGGGGUUCGCACCUGCGAGGGAUGCAAAGGCUUUUUCAAGCGGACAGUACAGAAGACUUGCAAGUAUGUUUGCCUGGCCAACAAGGACUGUCCUGUGGACAAGAGGAGGAGGAAUCGCUGCCAGUUCUGCCGUUUCCAGAAGUGUAUGGCUGUAGGAAUGGUGAAGGAAGUUGUGAGGACAGACAACUUGAAGGGCCGCAGAGGUCGCUUGCCCUCCAAGCCUAAAGUAGUCCAGGAAGCGUCGCCCGCAGUGUCUCCAGUGAGCAUGAUCGCGUCGCUAGUGAGGGCUCAGAUCGACUCAAACCCCAGCAAUGAACAACUGAAUUAUUCCAAAUACGAAGAAACGGAUGUCCGCGCAGACCAGAAAGAGGACGCUAGUGACGUCCAAGAUUUGUACGACCUGCUCACGGCCUCCAUGGAGGUCAUCAGCAAGUGGGCCAAGAGCAUCCCGGGUUUCUCAGACUUCUGCUCACCAGAUCAAGAGCUGCUUCUGGAGUCUGCUUUUGUCGAACUCUUCAUCCUGCGUCUUGCAUACCGGUCAAACCCAGAAACAAACAAGCUGGUCUUCUGCAAUGGGAAAGUGCUUCACAAGAGUCAGUGCGUCAGAGGCUUUGGGGACUGGAUCGACUCCAUCUUGGAGUUUUCUGGAAGCCUCCAUCGCAUUAAACUCGACAUCUCCUCCUUCUCCUGCCUCACGGCGCUAGUCAUUAUCACAGAACGAUAUGGUCUCCAGGAGCCAAAACAUGUGGAAGAUUUGCAGAAUCAGCUCAUCAGCAGCCUGAAAGAUCACGUGUCGGGCUGUCCCUCCUCACGGGCCAACUAUUUGUCCAGUCUGCUCGGGAAGCUGCCCGAGCUCAGGACACUGUGCACUCAAGGCCUCCAGCGCAUCUUCUACCUUAAAUUAGAAGAUCUGGUCCCCCCACCGCCCAUCGUGGACAGAAUUCUAAUGGAUUUGUUUCCGUUUUAAAUGGAAGGUGUGAGACAGCACGCAUGGAGUCAAAGACAAUGGAUGACCCAAAUCAAAGGGUUAGUUCUGAAUCCAGUUGUGUAUAUCUGGGAGAAUAAACAAAGCUUCUCACGGACCAAUUUGCUGACAGUUUUCCACUUAAGGCGCCAUGAAUGGAAUCUCUGAUAGAAGCAAAACGGACAUAUUGUCCAAACUCUGACAAAACACAUAGGGUUGCAAAACUCAUGGGAAUUUUCAACCGCAUAGGCUGUCUGUUUUCUUGAUUGUAGCUGUUUUUGUUGUUGGGACUAUUGCAACGUAGCCACUGACAAAUGCUUGACGUCCACUUGAGGUCCAAGUGGUCCCCAUCAUAAAUAUUAGUAUCAUUCAUGUAUCAUGAAUGGACUUGGAGCAGCUAACAUGCUGUGUCUUAUAUAUUGCUUUACAAAUGUGUCUGUUUUACUGGACAUUUUUCUGCACUUCAGCUUGAAAUAAAAUAUUUUCUGUUAUA